AUGCCCAAAUUCUAUCACGAUGACGAGGCAUGGGCGGAUAUAGAACCCCUCCCCCAGGAUGACGGUGGUCUGCACCCCCUCGCUGCCAUUGCGUAUAGCGACGAGUACAGCGAGGCCAUGGGCUAUUUGCGCGCCAUAAUGGCCAAGGCUGAGUACAGCGAGCGAGUCCUCGGCCUCACAGAGCACAUCAUCAGCAUGAACCCCGCGCACUACACUGUCUGGCUCUACCGCGUGAAAACCAUAUCCGAAAUCGGCAGGUCGUUGCAGGACGAAAUCGCAUGGCUCAAUCCAACUGCACUCAAACACCUCAAGAACUACCAGAUCUGGCAUCACCGCCAUACCAUUAUUGACCAGCUGGGCUCACCAGAGGGCGAACCCGAGUUCAUCAGUUCCAUGCUGGAGCUCGACUCCAAGAACUACCACGUGUGGAGCUACAGGCAAUGGCUAGUCGAACGGUUCGACAUGUUUGACAAACCCGAAGAGCUGGAAUGGACACACGGCAUGAUUGAGCAAGAUGUUCGGAAUAAUUCGGCGUGGAACCACCGCUACUACCUGGUCGUCGGAGGCCGUAAAGGCAAGCCCAGCGCAGACAUUGCCGACCGCGAGAUAGAGUACACAAAAGCAGCCAUUCGCAAAGCGCCUCAGAACCAGAGCCCAUGGAACUACAUCCUUGGAAUCCUCCGUGCGGCCGGACUCCCCAAGUCCACCCUCAAGGACUUUGCAGGUGAGUUUGCCGACGUCCAAGACCCCGACAAUGUCCACUCAAGCCACGCCCUGGACCUCCUGGCCGACAUUUAUGCCGAAGAAGAAGACGGCAAGAGGAGAGCCGAGCAGGCGUUGGAUCUUUUGGCGACCAAAUACGACCCGAUACGCGCGAGUUACUGGAACUUCAGAAAGGGCUUGCUCGAACAGCCCAAAGUCGCUGCGUAG